GGUGGAGAUGCAGCGUUUGACGGGAAAGGAUUGUAGGGUGGACACGGACGCCAAAGUGAGAAAAGUCGAUGCCAAGGGGGGGGGACAGAAAAGAUGUGGAGAACUCGCGGGUUACGAAAGUAGUAAGAUAUAUAUAUGAGAGACCGUGGUCUGUCCGAUGAUGGCGGACCAAGACUCGAGCGAACGGGAGAAGGAGAGGGGACGAGUGGGGAAGGGCGACAGCGGAGAGAUGUGAGAUCGGCGGAGGGUUGUGGUUGAGACAAGCGGACCGUUUAUGACGAGAGUAAGCUUUGAUCCGAAGGCGAUGCCGAGCAGACCUGAGACACUGGCGCAGGCUUGGCCCUGGGGCAGUUCGAGACUCUCAUGACUGCCCUGCCAGGCCAAUCGGACGCUUCCUUCGCUCAAGGGUAGACUUGACGGAACUUUGCUUCAACUCGUCGUGCGCUGCGACAGGCAACUCGGCUGGGAACCUCCGACUGCACAUCGCUGGCCAGACCCUUCUCCUGAGGGCCAACGUGAGUCAUGUAUUCGGCAAGCAGGAACAAGGCUUCUCGACGAUGUGCUACAGUAUCCCGAUGCAAGUGUCAUUGGCCUCCGUGCUGAGUAAGGGAACAGGAGCAGCGUUGUGGCGUGCUAUCUACAGGAGAAGCCUUUUCGCCGCAUCGCCUCUUCGACGGCUUCGUGCCCUGUUAGACAGGUGCAGCGCUGUCGCCAUCCCGCCUUCUCCUUUGGCUUUCUGGAGCGGAUCGCGCCGCUGAAUGAAUGACCAGGCGCGGUCCGAGCAGAAGUGCUGCGCUCAAGCCGCGAGAGGAGGCGUCUUCGACUCCUACGCUGCCUGAGAGAAAGAGGCCGGCAG